GCUCCGUCCGCCCCCUCUUCCACUCUCUGCCGCCAGCCGCGCGUCCGGCGAUUUCCGAAACACAGAAAAAUGGGUAGAAAAGAUGCUUCCUCCGCAAGAACACCUGUUGAUCAGUACAGAAAACAAAUAGGAAAACAAGAUUACAAGAAAACCAGGCCAAUGUUAAAAGCAACGAGAUUAAAAGCAGAGGCCAAGAAAACCGCACCAGGCAUGAAGGAAGUCAGCCUUGUCCUUGCAUCCAUAUUGGUAUUUCUAUUGGCAUGUUAUGCUUUCUUUUAUCUUAACCUAUCCGAAGAAGUUGACCUUGACCUGGAUCAAGAUGAAAACUAGUGGAUGUCUUGUUUUUCUACAAAAGGAUUACCUUGACCACUCUGAUCAUGAACAAACUGUCUCUUCACGGAAAUGGACAUAUCUUGAACUAGUUCCUGCAGUUCCAAAACUAACAAUAGUUAUGAGAAUAUCUCAGCCAACCUUACAGAUUUUAAUGAGUCCUUUCUGCUGUUCAGACUGUAGUUUAUUGGCUGAUGUUGACACUUUUCAUAGUUUGUUUCUCAAGAGGAAGCUAUUUGAUUCCAGAAGAUGAUUUCCUGCACUUAUUAGCAUUACAGUGUUGGUGGAUAGACCCUGAUUUCCUUGGAGUUGUUUCUGAACUAGAGUAAUUUGCUAUUUUCAAAGGCCGGCAACAAAUAGAAAUUACAAAAAUAACAAAAACCAAAACCAAAUAUGAUGUAUGGAAUUAAAUCGCAUCAUAUGUCCUACCUGUGGCUGUGCUUCACUUUUAAGUCACAUUCAUUGCAGUGGGAAAAAUUCAAGCAUAUGCUUAAUUCUCACAUGGAGACCAAUUUAAAUGUACUUAACUUUACCUGGACCAUUCCCAAUAUUUGUUAGAACUAGAAGUCUACACUAUGGUUAGCUAUGCAAGGCAAAGCACGGAUACAAGGUGGUGAGCAGGGAAGUGCACAAUGCAAUGAAAGCACUUUUAUGCCCUACUGAUUUCAUGCUUAAAAUCCAUUGAAACGGAUGCGAUUAUAAAUUGCUUAUCUUUGGCUGAAAUGCACUUGUUGGUAUAAACUGAAAAACAUGAAUACCAAUUUAGUGCAAGAUGCAGAGCUCCAAGGAGUUCAACAGAUGCUG